CUUCUUCCAACUGCACCGAGUCUUCUGAGAGGGGUGAGAACAGACUGAGGCAAAAUGGUUGGCAAAGAAGAUAGGGCCAUCUCUUUUGAGCUGGGGCAGAAUGAAGGCAUCGAGAACAAUGGGUUUGUUCAAAGCGAGGAGCUGGAGGAAAAGGAGGCCGAUGCCACAAGCCAAGAUGGGUUGCCAAAAACAUGUACUCUUUUCAUAGAGUCUGGAAUGGCGGAAAAGUUACCAGUGAGGCCUUAUGCGGGGAUGCCCAAAGAAGUGCUCCUCCAGUUCUCAUCUCAAGCACGCUACAGAAUUACCCGGGAGAUACUUUUCUGGUUGAUCAUUGCAUCCUCACUGGUGCUUGUGGCAGCUACGGCUGCCAUUAUUGCCCUGUCCCCCAAAUGCCUUGGCUGGUGGCAAGCCAGCCCCAUCUACCAAAUUUACCCUCGGUCGUUUAAGGACACUGACAGCGAUGGCAAUGGCGAUCUCAAAGGUAUCCAAGAAAAACUGGAUCACAUCCAGUAUCUAAAUGUAAAAACAAUCUGGAUCACAUCUUUUUACAAGUCUGCCUUACGAGAUUUGGGAUAUGGCAUAGAAGACUUUCGAGACAUUGACCCGAUGUUUGGAACCAUGAAGGAUUUUGAAAACCUGGUUGCAGCGAUACACGAUAAAGGUUUGAAAGUGAUAAUGGAUCUAAUACCUAACCACACAAGUGACAAGCACAACUGGUUUCAGCUUAGUCGCAAUCGGACUGGAAAAUACACGGAUUACUACAUCUGGCAUGACUGCACAUAUGCCAAUGGGACCACCAAACCACCAAAUAACUGGGUGAGCGUGUUGGGGAACUCCAGUUGGCAGUACGAUGAAGUGAGAAACCAGUGUUACUUUCACCAGUUUGGAAAAGAGCAGCCGGAUUUAAAUUUCCGUAACCCAGAUGUUGAGGAAGAAAUUCACGAGGUUAUCAGAUUUUGGCUCGGCAAAGGCGUUGACGGGUUUAGCAUUAGUACUGUCAAAUUCCUACUGGAAGCAACACAUCUGAGAGAUGAGCCUCAAGUCAAUAAAUCCCAAAAUCCGGACACUAUCACAGCCUAUUCUGAACUGUAUCACGACUACACCACCACCCAGGUUGGCAUGCACGAUAUUGUACGCAGUUUCCGGCACACCAUGGAUAAGUACAGCAGUGAGCCUGGAAGAUACAGAUUUAUGGGCACGGAGGCAAAUGACCAUGACGACGUUGAGAGAACCAUGAUGUAUUAUGGGACACCUUUCAUUCAAGAAGCAGAUUUCCCUUUCAACUUUUACCUCAUGAACAUGCAAGAAAUAUCAGGAAGUGGCAUUUUUGAAAUUGUGUCUUUGUGGAUGAAGAAUAUGCCGGAAGGCAAAUGGCCGAACUGGGCGGCUGGAGACCCCAACAGGGUUCGAAUUUCCUCUCGGAUUGGGAAGGAAUACACAAAUGUCAUCAACAUGCUUCUUUUAACUCUUCCUGGAACACCUACAACCUAUUAUGGUGAAGAAAUUGGAAUGGAAGAUAGCACAUCAGAAAACGCAACCUUUCCAGAAAAAUCACCCAUGCAGUGGGAUGAUACUCUUAAUGCUGGCUUUAGUGAAGGCAACUCAACCUGGAUACCUGUAAAUCCUGACUAUCCAAAUAUAAAUGUGAAAGAGCAAGAGAGUCAACAGAAUUCUACACUCAACUUGUAUCGAGAGCUCAGUUCCAUUCGUGCCAACGAGCUUCCCAUUUUUAGAGGAUGGAUGUGUUACGUUUGGAAUGACACCGACGUCUUUGUAUAUGUGAGGGAACUGGAUGGGUUAGAUCAAGUGUUUAUGGUGGUCCUAAAUUUUGGACUGGAGACUGUAACAGAUCUGCAGGGUUCGGUUCCUGGUAUUCCCUCCGAAGCUACUGUAAAGCUAAGCACGAAUGUUGUCAACAGUGGCAAAGUAGUAAAUACCAAAGCAGUCGCAACUGAAAAGGGAGAAGGACUCAUUUUGGAAUAUUGGACAAGUGAACCUGUCCACCAGAUGGAAGCUUUCCAAGGGAAGUGUUUUGUUGCAGAAAAGGCAUGCUAUUCAAGUGCCUUCAAUUUACUCUAUGCGUAUUGCUAAGUGGCAAUGGUUUGUUCCAAAUCUACGAGUUGUAAUUUCUUUACAAAAGGGGCAGCAGCUUUGAAGGACCAAAUUUGAAUGCUGUGUUUAAAUAGCUUUUGGGUGUGUAUAUGUGUGUGUUUUUAAUUACUUGUUACUUGUUUGCCAGCUGUCCAAAAAUGGAAAACUUUACAGAAUUUGGAACCUUGCACUUUGGCACAAAAAUGUUUGGAACGCUGCUGUAUCUGAAAAGAUCACUUGUCAAGUUCGAGCGCUACAGGGUACAGCUAAGCAUGAUGCUUUUCAUGCUAUUUGGUGAAAUUACAUUAUAUACAUUAAUACGCACCACUUGCAGUGACACUCGGAGGCCUCCCUUGAGAUUUGGAACUCUCAAAAUGACCUUUUUAUGUUGUAUUGGAUUGGAUUGUACCAUCCACGCUCCCUUUUCUUGACAGUUGUAUUGUGUUUCUUGGUUUUUUAUUUUUCUCUCCUAGGUUCUAUACUUUGACUUUAAAAAGCCAAUAAAAAUGA